CAAUCCUGAACGAAAACAAACCUAUACAUAAUCACUAUAGUGUCGGAAGGCUUCUAGAGCCGGAGAUUAAGCAAGCCAUUGUGAAGUGAUCUAGCCCAGGAUUAUUAUAUUAUAAUUCCCAACAUUGUGUGAGGACGGCGUUCAAAACAUUUAUUUCAAAUGGAAUUUAUUUUCACCUGCGUGGUCAGUUCUGUAUGGUUUCUUUUGCCAGAUCUUGCCGUUAUUACAGGGAAAAUUCACAUGUAACAGCUGGUUUUCUAGGUACUCUAGGGGGACAGAAAAGUACCAUAGUGACUCCGAGCCGUCAGCUAGUAAGAAGUGGGGAGUAGCUUGGUACAAACAAGAGUAUCCAAGCAACAUGGAAACUGUGAAUACAACGGACCCAGAACAGCUUGUCCAGGAUGUGUCUAGUACUGCCGUUCUUACUCCUUUGGAUGAUGACUUGGUUGGUGAGAUACAAGAGAUUAAAGACCGUGGAAACUGGACUGGGAGGUUUGACUUCCUGAUGUCCCUUCUUGGAUACUCUGUCGGACUUGGCAAUGUUUGGAGAUUCCCCUACCUAGCCUACAGCAAUGGUGGAGGAGCAUUCCUGUUCCCAUUCAUCCUAAUGUUGUUGCUGCUUGGAAUACCUCUCAUGUUCAUGGAGCUGGCAUUUGGACAGUUUGCUGCACUUGGACCAGCCGUUAUCUAUGACCGAUUCUGUCCACUCUUUCAUGGAUUGGGUUAUGGUAUGAUCACAGUAUCAGGACUGGUGGCAAUUUACUACACUGUCAUCAUAGGCUGGUGUAUCCUCUAUCUGUUUCUCUCCUUCACGGCGGAACUGCCCUGGGAAAAGUGUGGAGAAUGGGCUACAGAAUACUGCUAUGCACAUAGAGAAGCUGAGGCCUGUCAUGCAGUUAAUCACAGCGUCUACUACCACCGGCAGUGCUAUAAUGAAUCCAUGGCAGAGCUCUUCAAUAUCACCGAGCUUGCCAAAAAUCAGACAAGACAUGCCCCAGCUCAAGAUUUCUUUGAGCAAGGGGUCCUAAAUAUGUCAACUGGUAUUGAAAACAUGGGUAACAUCCAAUGGAAGAUAGCCCUGUGUCUCCUCGCAGCUUGGACCUUGACUUUUGCCGCUCUCAGUAAGGGAGUCAAAUCCACAGGAAAGGUUGUUUAUUUCACAGCUCUGUUUCCUUAUGUUGUGUUGUGUAUCCUUUUCUUCCGUGGAAUCACCCUGCCUGGUUCUAUUGUGGGAAUAGAGUAUUACCUGACACCCAGAUUUGACAAGCUGGGAGAUGCAAAAGUGUGGUCAGAUGCAGCAGCCCAGAUUUUCUUUGCUCUAAGUCCUGCCUGGGGAGGCCUCAUCACACUCUCCAGUUACAACAAAUUCCACAACAACUGUUUCAAAGAUGCAAUGAUAGUUUCUAUCGGAAAUAUUUGUACGAGUAUUUUCGCAGGAUUUGUCAUUUUCUCUAUCAUUGGUUACCUCGCCCAGGAACUGAACAUGCCUGUGGAUAAAGUGGUUGACCAAGGUGCUGGUUUGGCAUUUAUCGUUUACCCUGAUGUGGUUACCAGGUUACCGGUCUCUCCUCUUUGGUCCAUUCUAUUCUUUGUGAUGAUGAUCACGCUUGGUAUGGGUAGUGAGUUUGCCCUGUUGGAAACUGUACUGACUGCUGUUCAGGACACCUACCCACAGUUGAGGAGUAAGAAGACAUGGGUUGUCUUUGUUGUCUGCAUCAUUGGAUUCCUCUGUGGAUUGUCAGUUACCACAAGUGGUGGAAUGUACCUGCUUCAGUUAAUGGAUGCGUACGUGUCCAGUUGGAUGGUUUUCGUGAUGGCUGCACUUGAAUGCAUAAUAGUUGGAUGGAUAUAUGGCGGUGAGAGAUUCAUUGAGGAUAUAGAACUGAUGAUUGGUAGACAACAGAGAUCAUUUCAUACAUACUUUAAAGUCUUUUGGCAAUUCCUUUCGCCAAUUACACUGCUGGGUGUAUUGGCUUUCAACCUGAUACAAUACAGGCCGCUAAAAUUUGACAAGUAUGUGUAUCCUGUAUGGGCCAAUGGUUUAGGCUGGCUUCUAUCUCUUAUACCCAUGCUUUUCAUCAUCUCCCUGAUGAUAUAUCAACUCAAGAAUGUAGCCCCAAGAGAGCUUAGUUUGGGGGAGAAAUUCCGAUAUUUACUUAAACCAUCCAAGGAAUGGGGACCUGCACAUAAAGUACCUACAUUUAAAUUGGAAGAGGACGAGAUUGUUGGUGAUAAUAAUACUAUAUCAAAUCCUAACUUUUCUUCAUCAAAUCCUUUUGAAACGAAGAUUUAAAAGACCUGUUACAAGAAAAAUGGAAUUUUGCCCACUACAAAUAACACCUACAUUUGGUCAAAUUGGUUUGAGGGCAAAAUUCCAUUGUUCCUGUAGCAGGUCCUUUUAAAAUCAAGAUGUUCAGAUCAGGGUGAUAUUUUUCAGUCUGGUUCACUUAGGUGUUUGUUCAAUUUCGCCACAGUUUGUUUCUCUAAGCAACAAUAAUCCUGAACACAGUUGUUAGCACAAACUGCCCCAGGCUUGGUACACACAGGGGCUGCACAAACUGCCCCAGACUUGAUACACAUGGGUGUAGUUAGCACAAACUGCCCCAGACUUGAUACACAUGGGUGUAGUUAGCACAAACUGCCCCAGGCUUGGUACACACAGGGGCUGCACUAACUGCCCCAUGCUCAGUUCACUCGGGUAUCAUUAGCACAAACUGCCCCAGACUUCGUACAUACAGGGGCUGUUAGCACAAACUGCCCUAGGACCAGUACACUCGGGUAUCAUUAGCACAAACUGCCCCAGACUUGGUACACACAGGGGCUGCACUAACUGCCCCACGCUCAGUACAAUCGGGUAUCAUUAGCACAAACAACCCAAGGCCCAGUACACUCGGGUGGUAGCACAAACUGCUCUGAACUCAAUACACUCAGCAUGUCGACAUGAACAACAAAGUAGCCCCAUUCUAGAACAGAUGAGGAAUAUAAAAACAAACUUUCAACUGUAUAUCCAUGAACUUGCUGGAAGGUCAAAAGUCUUAAUUGAAGAGCUGUGAAAAGAUAACAAAAGUUUGGCUACAUUAGCAGCUUAAAUGUUUAUAAUCUGGUAAAGUGGAUGGUGUUACCAUCAAUUUUCAUCAGAUAAGGUACAUAUUCUGUAUAAAAAAAAAGAAAAAAGAAAAAAAUGGGUCAAAUGGAAUCAUUGAUAAUUUUCAAUCAUCCUUGAUACACAGGACCCAUAUGCUUCCACAUUGAUAUGAAGCAUUAUGUAGAGUUAAAAUAAAGUUAAAAUGAUCACAAUUUUGUCUUCAAAUCUGUCUAUCUUCAGUUUAUAUGUGUAUGUACACCUAAAAUUAAACUGAAAAUGUGGUAUCAACUAAAAACAGUAGUUAGUAUUGAAUGUAAUGUUUUAUUAACUUAAGGCCUUGUGGCUCAAGUAAUUAAGUACAACACAGUGAUUUGGUAACUCAUGAUCAUAUGUUGAACAUUUUGUUAAAUACAAAAAAAUAUUAUCGACAUGUGAAGAAUUUAUAUACAAAUGUAUAUAUUCAGUUCAUUUAAUUUGUUAUUUUGUUAAAUGUUGGGUCAGACAAGGUGUUAGUAUAGAUCCCAGAUCUGAACAUCUUGGAAAAAAAUAAGGACCUAAGGUACACAUGUGUUUAAUAGUGUGGAUGGAUGAAUUGCUUAAACCGCCAGAUUAAAACAAAAACAUUUUGUUAUUGUGAGGUAUGUAGACACACAAAUGCACCUUCCCUUCAUAACUGUUUUGAGAUGUCAUUAUGCAAGAUGAGGUCAUUUUGAUUUUUUAGUGAAUAUUUGCUUUAAAUCUAUUUUCAUCACCAGUUUUGAUUACAGAUAUGUAAAAUUGAUUCAUAUCUUGAAAUAUUUCGUACAAAAGUUGACAAUAUGAUCAUAAUCUUUAUUAAAGGAAAAUAUGCUUUUGAUGUUCCUUGAUGAAAAGGAUGAUCUCUUCUACAGUGAUAUUUAGUGAAAUGGACAUUCUGUUUAUGUGUUUACAUUUGUCUUUUAUUGAAUUGAAUUGAAGGAAGUGUCUUUGAUUUCACUCUGCUCAUACCAGGUAAUUAUUCUUCAGUAUUAAGGGCUGGCAGAAAUUACAUAAACAAUUCAUAUUUAUUUGAAUAUUGAGGAUUAAUUACAAGUUUGAUAAGUAUAAGUUGUAAGAUUAUGAAAUAAAUGUUAUUUGUUAUCCAAAAUUAGCAUUAAAAUUAUUAAAAACAUAACUUUGUACAUUGGAUUUAGAAAAAAUAUGUUGAUGAAUUGUUUUCUCAGGAUAAUGCACACCAGAAUAAGACUUUUGUAAAUUUUCAGGUAUACCCGAUAUUUAUCCACCAACUUUAAUAUGUGGUUAUCACUUUACUGUCUAGAUGGGGUACAUUGUUGUUCAAGUUUCAUAUGUUUUAGUAGGCGGUACAGCUGUAUCUAUUUCCUACUUUGAAGUAUUAACAUUUUAUCUUUUUUUAUCGUUAAUGCUGCACUUUGUUAUUAUUCUGCUCUCACAACUAUUUUACAUGUACUAUAAUAAUAAAUACCUAACCAAUUUUACUUCUGUACUAUUGUUAUCAAGUGCUAGUUCUAUUUUGAGUGCUGACCAUUUAUUUUUAAUUUAAACUCCUGUUUUUGAUGCGUAUAAAUUAAAUAUAACCUAAACUUUAAUUAGACCUAAGUGCUCAUUUGUAUAUGACCUUCAAAUUUGACUGACAGGUAUGGGGUUUUCCGUCAGUCCAUCCGAUGUUAACUUUUGUUUGUCCGGAUAUCUCCUACAUUAUUUGACCGAUCUCUUUGAAACUUGAUAUACAGUAUAAUCAUUAUAUAAAAUUGUGUUUUCCCUUAAAGAACUUUGAUUCAACUAUUUUUGCAAAAGUUGUUCCCCUUUGUUUAUUUCAGUAUUUGGUUGGUUUUUUUUACGAAGAUCUAUAUUUUUCAACGAAUCUCUUUGAAAUUUUGAAUGCAUUUUAGUCAGGAUAUAAAGUUAUGCCCCCCACCCAUAUGAUUUGAAUAUUUUUGCAAAAGUUAUUGCCUCUUUGUUUAUAUCUAGUACUUGAGUCUUGUCCGUAGAUCAACUAGGUAGGCUUCACAAUCGGAUAUCAAGUUGUGUUUAGUGAGUAGGUAGACUGUAGUGAAAGGUAAGAUUGAUAGCAUGGCAGCUAGCCACUCUAAAUUGAUGUGAAUCUUAUUUUCAAACAAGAUAUAUCAGCCCUGCAGUAAUUGCAAUUAAGGAUUACAGGACAUAAUUAUUUUGUUACUUGAAUCAUAUCCCUAGUGCUAUAAUUCUGUAUGUGAUACAAUUUCAUAUUUUCAAAAUUUUAGUCAAGAUUUGUUCCUGAUUAAUGAGUUAUUGCUUUGAAAGUUUCUUUGUUUUGAAACUGGGUACAAUAAGUCUGCAGUCUUUGUUUACAAUAAGACCUUUAGCAUGUUUAUUCAUACAAUUUCUACAUUGACUCUGUAUAUACAAAUAUUGAUCAAAGGGUAAUAAUAUCAUGCACUUAAAAAGGAUGUACAAGUAUUGAAAACUAGAAAAUAUUAUUUACACAAUUGUUCUAGAUUAGUUUGAUUUUAACUUUAGCCUAGGUGUUACGAUACACAGUCAAUUUCAUGCUUUUAUUUCCUCCAAAAGUAGGGAUCUGGAAGUUUUGAAUCUCUUACAAAUAUAUUUUACAUGUAUUAUAAUUAUGUUAGUGCUUUGAUAAUUGACAUUUGUACAUUUGUCAUCAUGCAGCAUUAUUUUUACCUCACUCUUGUGUGUAAUGUACAUAGUCACAAUGAGUUACUUUUACUGAACUAUUUUCAUAUCAUUAAUGUGCUUUAUUCGUAAUCUCUUUCUGUACGAUAUGCUUUAUGAAGAAUCUCGCCUAAAUGAAGUGCUUUUGCUGUAACUUUUCAUUCAAUGUGCUUUAUUAAAGUACCUCUCUAAAUGAAGUGUUUUUGCUUACGUUUUCAUAUUGAUAGUGAUUUUGUUGCGAAUCUCAAGCUGAAUGACCUGUAAAAUCAUUAUUUUCUGUUUGUGUUACGCUUAUAUUGCAUUCUCAGUUAUUUGCUUAUAAUGUGCAUCUUGAAGACAUAUCUUAAGAAAUUCUUACAUACAGAAGCUGUGAUGUAUACUGUUGCUUACGCUGUAGCAAGUCUUUAUUUAAAUAGUUUGUUAUUGUUUUCAUCAAAUCACCAUAGAGGAUUGUCUCUAGACAGUGUACAGGUCAUGAAAAUGUGAAAUAUUUCAUGCAAAAUGCAAAAAAAAAAAAAAUGUAUGUUUUAAUAGUGACAGCCUCAGCAAUGCAAAAUUGGACUUGAUACACAAUGUCUUUCAGUAUACAAUCAGGACAGAAGGUCAAUAAAACGUGCCUUCAUCCCGCAUAAUGUGUUCCCAGGAAGUGUCACACUCUUCUGCACAACAACAUUCGACUUGGACCUUGUACAGGUCUGUGUGACGACACUUCAACAACAUUCGAUUGCAUUUUCUAUAAUAACACAUUUCUGUUUUAAUAUGUGAUAUUGCAACAUUUUGCAUCCAUUUUGUUGUAAUUCUAAAUGUGUGUUGAAUUAUUUCUAAUAUUGUUAUUUUUUAAUAACAGUUGUUAUGCAGUACAAUGUUGAUAUUUUCAAUUUUAAAGUGUGAUAGUUGCUGUAUAGUGUUGUACAUCUAUCGAUAAUGUUUACAUGAUACAUUUGCUGUAUAGUGAUGUAUAAGUAAUGUAACAUGACUAUUAAAGUGACUAUUAAAGUGACUAAUAUUCAAAACCUUAUUAGUCCUACAUUUAACAGUCCAAAUAUUCCAAACAAUUUCUAGAUUCUGUGAACAAUUCUAGAAAUAUGUUUCUGCUUUUAAUGAAAGUGUUGGACUUUCGGAGUCAAGUUGUGCAGCAUCUAUGUAAAAGUUUGUAUAUUUGUGGUGUCAAGUUGCUCGCUGGAUUUUUCAGGUUAAUAUUUUAAUCAUAUCUUUUGGUCUUUGUGAUAGUAAUAACACUAUAGAUUAUUCUUUUGUUGAAAUCUUUUUGCUGUCAAACCACUUUAAUCUAUUGUUGUUGAAACCUGUUUGCUGUAUAUUAUGCUCAACAGUUUCAUACUUACUAAACUCUUAAAAUCACACAUCAUAUCAUGGAUUUCUUUUCUUAUUUUUAAACAAUAUGGUAAUUUUGGUAUUUAUUGUCACACAACUAUAUCUUUUUCUUUUUGUUCUAUAUGGUACCUACCAAAGAGAGAUUAUGAUGACUUGUGUACAAUGUAGAAUUUGAAUGGUAAUUGAACUGAAACUGACCAUUUGGUAUCGGAUUGGAAGACUUAAGUCAAGGUUACACAACAUUGUAUGAUUGGAACAGUAACUGUAAUGAAAUUAAGAAACAUUGCCAAACUGUUACAAAAGUUGGAAAACAAGCAGAGUUUAAUCCAUUGCACAUCAUAGUGCUUUUGAAUUCAUUUUUUGCGUAUUCAUUACGUGACUUUGUCUAAAUAUGUAAAUUUGUCUUUGUAGUACAAAUAUAUACAUGUACAUGAUAGUUUACCAUAGCAAUUAGUCAUACUUCUAUGUAUGGUAGCCUUAUAAUUUGUUCUCAUAUGGAUCAGUUAUAUAGAAUGAGGUCGGACCCUGGUGUUAAAUACUUCAUUCUUGGUUAUAAUGGCAUGUUUAGUCGCUGUGCCCUUACCUAAAUAAGGAUUUACGCUUUCCUUACCUAAAUAAGGAUUUACGCUUUCCUUACCAUUGGAAAACAGUAAAGUCAAUAUGCAUAUUAUAUAUAAGAUUAUCCUUUUAUAAAGAUCUCUGCAUAUUUAGCAAGAGCUUGUUUGUAAAACCAGAACUUAUCAUAUACUUGAAGAGAACUUUAACAAUUGUGGUAAAUGCAUUUUAAACACUGACCCUGUUGUGGCUCCAUAAAUGGUAUAUACUGACUUGGUUCUGGCUCAGUAAGGCAAUGCUAGAUACUGGCCCUGUUCUUAUCAAUAAGGCACCGCUAGAUACUGGUUCUGGCAGUAUGCAAAUUUAUUCUGAUGACAAAAUAUUAAUAGUGUGUAUCAGGCCAUCAGAUGAUACUGUAUAAACAUGUUUUCUUAAAUUCAGACGGUGUAUACUCCCUAGUCAGGGUUCAGAAAAAAAUGUAAAUCUUGAACUCCUGCACUCACAGGCAGGCUGUUACUUGAUUAACAAUCAUGUUUUAGUUCUCAUUGUCUGGUUAAAAUUGUUAAGAUUUUCACCAGACUGAAUACGAUAUUUCCUGAAAUCAGGUUUUUCACUGCAGGGAUGGAAGACCCUGGAAAUCAUAACUUUAUGCAGUUUUAUUUGAAUACAAAAUAUAUAGUUUUUGUUUAAUUUAUGGAAACUUGAAAUUCCUGAUGUCACUUGUGUGACUGCCAUUGGGCAAUGUAUAUUUACCUAUAAAGGCCAAAAGUGAUUGAGUCUAGACCACCAAACAUACCUCAAAAACCAUUAUAAUGCCAACGUAAUAUAUAGGCAUAUCAAGAGCUACCUCGUCUCCUAGCAACAUAUAUGUAGUCUCAAUCAUGUACAAUUUGAGGUGCAUACUUUAUUGUACUGCUAUUAAGAAGUGAGCAUCACGGGUCCAACUAAUCAAAAAUUAUCUUAUAUAUGUACAUUGUAUAUAUAUUUGGUCAAUAUAGGAACUUCAAAUGGUAGCUUCAGUCAAAAAGUAUUAUCUUACAUGCGGGUAAGGGAAACUAGGAUAUGGAGAAAAUAACUGGCUUUUUCAGGUCGACUCAAGUCAAAAUUGAAAAUCCCUCUUCAUUCUGUUGAAGGGAUUCCGAUGAAUCUUAAUAGACAUAUUAAGCACAUAAUCCUGACAAAAUGCUAUUUUUGUGAGUUGUCGAGUAUUAAUGAUGUUCGCUCAGCCUUAAACUCAAAUACUACUGAAUAAAUUGGGUACUUAUGAAAAGAUGCCCCCACUAAAUGUGCCCCCUUAUGAGAGUGAUAUAUCCAUGAAGGCCACUCAACGAUCUCGUUAAAGUUUUUGUUUCUGUUUGUUAUCCUUUACUUAUAAAGAAAUGUUAAAUUCUCCCUUAAUGUGUAAUGAACAAUGUGUAAGUAAAGCUUACAUUAUCAUUAUAUUCCUCCGAUGCCCUCUUGUUUGACAAUCCAAUUGCCCGUGUACCUUGGAAAAACUUUCAUUUUGUCUACUAAGCAUCAUAAUUUCUCCAUGACCACGAAUCUGAUACUGAUAUGUUGGAUUCAUUACUACCAUUUUCAGCGAGAACGUUUCGUAAGCUUAGCCCCUGAUAAUUAUAAUGAAUUGAAAAUAUAUCAUCAGCAACUGAUUUGAUAAUGUAAAUAUAUAUGUAACACUAUUUACCUGGUUGAAGUGCUCACUUUUAUUUUACUAAUAUAUUCAUGUUUGUUUUCACCUACAGACCAAUGGGAGUAGUGGUGUUUUAUUAGAUAAAUUUGUAACAUAUUUCACUGAAACCAAAACAAGUUACAUCUGGACCAGGCAUACGAUAUUCAUCAAUCUUCCGUAUUGUUAAUGUGCAUAAAAUUUAAAUUAAAAUCAUGUUAGAUUGUAUGGGUAUCCUAUGUCUGUCCCAUAUGGUUUUAUUUCCUGUCCCUCCCGGUAGACAUACACAAAUAUAUUUUAGUUAGAUACUGGUUUACCACCUACCAGUAAUACUAAACCCAGCAUUAGAUAGUGUCUCUACGCCUUAUCAUACUGCUAGGGCAGUGGAUUAAAGCGAAUAGAUAGAAUCUGACUAGUCCACCUUAUAGCAGCUGUAGUUAGGGGGAGGGUAUAGAAAUAAUUGCGUGUCUGGUAUCAACAGUCUUGGAACCCACGGUCCAUAUAUGCAUUGUAGUAUCAAGGGUAGUAACUCCACAGGCAGACCAUUUUGUUCAGUGCAAAAUAUUGAAUGUUUGCUAAUGUAUUAAGAACAUUGAAUAAGUUUUACUAAAGGAAUCAUAUUGUAAAGCUAGAACAUAUAGUCAUUCCAUAUUUUUGAAUUCCGCACACGCAAAUGUCUACCUAGCCUUAUCUACCUACUUUUUCGAAUUCGUUCUGUCAUAACUAGAAUGAAUAUUCAUACCCUGUCAGAAAUUGUCCCUCAAUCGUCCAAAAUCGUCCAGAGCUAUGUUAUCCGAUGCUAUGUCAAACUUGCUCAAUGCUUGGCAACUUUCUUAGUGUACACUGUUGGAAAGAUUCAACAUUUCUCUUUGCGGUGAUAUAUAUUGGGAUUUACGAUUCAUAGUUAAUAAAAAAAAAUACAAAUUGAUUGAAAAAAAAAUCUUGUCCGGUUUUCUGUACUGGGGAGUUACUACCGUGAUACUCUUUAAUACAUAUAAAAUGGACCGUUGGUUUGGAAAAGUCCCUAUGACAUCUGUGUAAAUAGGCGACAUAGACACUGGUUUCUCUUAACAUGUACAUGUAUAUAAUUAAAAAUACCAUGCCCAUUAAAUUAAAAUAGACUGGAAAAAACAUUAUUUGCAAGCCAUUUCCUUGCAGUCUUCAGUGUAGGGAGUGAUUUGAAUUUUUUUUUUGACCGUGACCGCAAGUUUUAUAUUCUUUUGGUGUGAUGUGUAACAUUGUCAUUACUCCGUGCUAAAAUUGUGUUAAGGUUUUGUCCCGGAAGGUUUCGGUUUUAAGUUUGAUCAAAUAACAGCAACUUGAUGUUUUAUAUAUACGUCGAUUUUUCAGUACGAAUUGUUGCCGAAAUGUAAUGAAUGCAUUUUACACUGUUGUAUACAUGUCAUUAAAGUUGCUGAAUCGUG